GCGCGAUCAAACACACCGCAUUGUUUUUAGCGCAGGCUCACUUGCACGUGGGGAAGAAAUUCAAGAUGGCCGCUGUUUUGCCGUUUGUUGGCACUAUAGAAUCCGACGAAGAAAUCGAUGUUUUAGACGAAGAGAAGGACAGUGACGAUGACAAAGAGUCGAGAAAGAAGAAAAAAGAUCAGAAAUCCAGUAAAAAGAAGGAAUCAGCCUUAUUCGAAGACGGAUUUAAAUUUGCUGAUGAUGACGACUUUGCCGAGAAAACGUGGGAUCUUGACCUUGCGAUAAAGACAGCAAAGAAGAAAGAAGAAUCGAAAGUACCAAUGAUAUCUAUCCAGGACAAAAUAUCAAAGAAAAGAGAAGACAGAAAGAAACAGAAAAAGAAAUUAUUAAAAAAUGGAGAAAAAGUUGAAGAGAAGGAAAAUUCAAAUGACGAAGAACAACAGGUUGAAAGCAAAGACAAUGAUAUUGAUGAGGCGAGGCCCUCAGAUGAAGUCCUUAAUGCCUAUGACAGCUUAGAUGAAGAAGCUGAAGAUCGGUUAAAAGAAAAGAAGAAUUUCUUCCAAGACCCGCCUCCUCAAGUCCAUCACCAGAGUUUCACCAGCAUGAAUUUAUCAAGACCUUUGUUAAAGGCUGUAAAUGAGCUAGGUUUUCUGCAUCCAACACCAAUUCAGGCAUCAACAAUUCCUGUUGCGCUGAUGGGAAAAGAUGUUUGCGCAUGUGCUGCAACAGGCACUGGAAAAACAGCAGCAUUCAUGCUACCUAUAUUAGAGAGACUUCUGUAUCGCCCAACACAAAGCCCUGCUAUAAGAGUGCUGGUGAUCACCCCAACAAGAGAGCUUGCCAUACAGAUCCACUCAGUAACAAAUAAUUUAUCCAAGUACACAAAUAUCCAAGUUUGUCUGGCAGCAGGUGGUCUGGAUCUCAAAAGCCAAGAAGCAGCCCUUCGCAAGAAUCCAGACAUUGUGAUAGCCACACCUGGUCGCCUGGUAGACCAUCUACACAACACCAUGUCCUUUGGCCUUCAGUCUAUUGAGAUCCUGGUGCUUGAUGAGGCGGAUCGAAUGCUUGAUGAGCACUUUAGGGACCAGAUGAACGAGAUCAUUAAGCUCUCUCCACGUGGGAGACAAACCAUGUUGUUUUCAGCUACAAUGACAGAUGAGGUUGAAGAGCUUGUAACGCUUUCUCUCAACCAACCUGUCAGGCUCUUUGUUGACAGCAACACAGAUGUGGCCUACAACCUGCGACAAGAAUUUAUCAGAAUCAGGCCAAAUAGAGAGGAGGACCGCCUAGCUAUUGUUGCAGCGUUGUGUUCAAGGACCUUCAGUGAUCAUUGCCUAGUGUUCCUUCAGACGAAAUGGAUGGCCCACAAGUUACGCAUUGUGCUAGGCCUCAUGGGCCUUAAUGCUGAUGAAUUGCAUGGGAACCUAACUCAACUUCAGAGAUUAGAGGCAUUGCAAAAAUUCAAAAAUGGAGAGGUUGACAUCUUGGUGGCCACUGAUCUUGCUGCCCGAGGUCUUGAUAUAACUGGCGUCAAAACAGUUAUAAAUUACAGCAUGCCAUCUGAUGUCAAACAGUACGUUCACAGGGUUGGUCGGACUGCAAGAGCCGGCAAAAGUGGAAGGUCAGUGACUCUUGUUGGUGAAAAGGAAAGGAAGGCCUUGAAAGAGGUUGUAAAGAAUGCAAGAACAGCAGUAAAAAGCAGAAUUGUCCCCCCAGAAAUAAUUGAGAAAUACAGUGGCAAGAUAGAGGCCCUGGAACAAGACAUAAAAGACAUCCUCAAACAAGAGGAAGAAGAAAAGGAGAUGCGUAUAUCUGAGAUGGAAGUGAACAAAGCACGUAACAUGCUUGAACAUGAGAAAGAGAUUUUCUCUCGUCCUGCACGUGUUUGGUUUCAAGACAAAGAGGAACUCAAGAGAAAAGCAAACGAAGAGACUGGUAUUGUUCCUGCAAAGAAGAGACCAACAAAAGAAGUCAGGGCUGUAAAUAGGGAAAUCAAAUUGUCUGAGGAAGAGAAAAAAGCAAAGAAAGAGAUGGAUUACUUCAAAAGGGAGGCCAAGAGAUCGAGGAAAAAGAAAAAGCUGUAUGCUUUCCCACCUACUGACCCACAAGACUCCCUUCCCAAAGGACGGUCAAAAGGCAAGGAAAGCAGGUUGAUGGCAUUCGACAAAGAGUUGACAGACACCAGCAAAAAGGCUCUGAAGCAAUUCAGAAAAGGCGAUGGACCUGAACCAAAACAGAAGAUAAAGAAACCUGGAAGAUUCAAGUCCAAGAAAAAGUUCAAGAGAAGAUGACAAACAAGGCGUUCUUGGAUGAAUAUUUUAUAAGUAACAGUGAUCACAAGAAUCUAAAUAAAUAGACUUAAAUAAUCUUACAAAUCUUACAAAAUAUUCAGAAGCGUGUCCUAUUAGAUUAUGUCUUUGGCCAAUAAGGGCAAAUAUAGGUAUUUAUUGUUGACUGAAGUUUUUCUUUAUAUGUCGAUAAAUUGACCAGAGAGAGUCCUUUGAGAUGGUAUUAGCUCAGCGUGCACAUCUCGUUACAUGGAAUAAGUAAUGAGAGUGAAGUUUUCAUGCUCACGCUUAAAAUUUCUUAUCGAAAUGGUUUCCGAAGGUCGUGUAGAUGACUUUACGCGAGAUUACAUUACGUUUCUAGGAGUAUACAAGCACAAAUCUAACAAAUAUAAUGCAAAAGUUCAAAGUCUCGGGUAAAACAGUUUACCGGAUUGUAAAAGGAAGAUCAAAUAAGGCUAAAGAAGGCUAAGCCAUGACUAAUGUGCGUGACAUAAGUCACGCGGCAAAAUUGAGCAUGCUAUUUUUAGAAGCUUCUAACUUUGGAAGCACCGAAAUUACAUACUAAAAAUGUCAUCUAAUGUCGCCUAAAAGUUGCAAAACGAAACGUAAAUAACCUCGCUUGAGUUGUUACAGCAUUUCUCUUGCACUUUUAAGUGUUCGUGUUGACAAUAAUAUUAUCGGUCUUCACCGUAAUUGAUGAAAAGUGAAUGUAUGUAUUUUACUCUUUAGACCGUUGACCGCGAGUUCCGUAGAGUUAAAAAAAAAAACCUUGGCGGUGUCAAA